CGGGCCUCCCGGAGCUGCCGCUGUCGCUCUUGUGGGGUCGUCCCUUGGUGUUUCACGCCUUGCUGCAGCUGUGCCUCUUCUUGCCUUAACGGGCGACUUUCCCCGGGAAAUGAAAUCUGUGUGAUUCCACGUCCUCAUGUCUUUGACUACUAAGAAUUGAGCUUGUUAGUCAAUUUUAACCAAGUUUGAAACCAGGAUAAAGCAAAUGGUGGGAAAGGAGCAAGUUUAGGAUUGAUCCUUCUGAAGAUGGCCUCUGAGCUCUGGAGUGUAUAGUUGUUUUUUUUUAGUGCAGGUUCUUUGCUUAGGCUUUCAUACAACAAGAACUGUGGAAAUUUAAUGCAUUUCAGGAUUGUGGGAUGGCUGAGGACACUCCAGUGACCGAACUGAACUUUGAAUAUUGGUUGGAUAAAGCUAUUGAAUGGGGUCAAGCCACCACGCUGGAAUCCCAGAAGGAUGUGUGCCUUCAUCUGCCCGAGCUCCAAAAGUUCCUACAUGCGGUUUAUGAAACUUUGAAACAUAUGGAUUCAGUUGUAGCAAUCCAGCGGUUUCCGUUAAUUGGCCAGCUUUUAGGAAGGCUUUGUUGGAAUCCUUUUGUUAUAGGAUAUGAUGAAAGCCAGAAGACUCUGAUGUGGUGCUUAUGUUGUCUAUACAGCAGUGAACCACAGAACCCUGUGGAAUUGAAGGCCAACAGCUGGAUACGGAGUAUGCUGUGCCAUCUCCUUUCUUCUUCCAAGUGGGAAAGUAAUGAAGCUGCAACCAGUACAUUCCUAUCAACUCUCGGCUACACGUCAGCAGAUUAUUAUUGUCACUUAGUUAAAAAUAUGGUCUUUUCAUUAGUAACAGAACUCAGAGGAAAUCAGUUCAGUGGACUUAACAUUCAGGGGAGAGUUUCAGCCAGUCGUGUGAAUGCUGUGUCCCUUUUCUGCCUCCCUCUUAUUACUUUGCCUGAUCUAACUCCACUGCUGGAAACUCUCCUUCUUUACCAUGGAGGUGCAUCAAAAGAAAUUCUCAGUUCAGAGUUUCUGGAGGCUGUGAAUGAGGCCUUUUUAAAGAAGAAGAUCUCCCUCCCUGAAACUGCUGUCUUCAGCCUGUGGCUUCGUCACUUACCAAGCCUUGAAAAAGCCACAUUAUAUCUUUUAGACCAGCUGGUUUCCAUACAGUUGAAUUCACUGGAGGAAGUGGCUUGUGUCAUAAAAGACUCGUUACUGGUAUCAGCAGCAAACCAUCCUGCCGUUUUCAGAAUUGUUAAUGAAAUUUUCAAGAAUGCAUUGAUGGAAACUGAUGGAACUCCGGAAGUUAUGACCAUAAUACAGAUGUUUACACAGGUUUUCCUUCAGGCUCAUCAGAAUGAAAACAAGCAGCAUAAAUUUUCACUGAAGGCGUACUUUCCUUACCAUCACCAGCCUCUUGUAACAGCUUUACUCAGACGUCCUUUUGAGCUGCCAGCUACACACUGGUCUGCACAUUUGAAACACAUUUCAGAUACGCUCAAAGCAUUGGUAGAAGAUACAAAUGUUAGUUCUGCUGCUGACCUUUUUGAAAUCUGGUUUUUGGUUGUUUGUUUUGGAGAAUGGCUCGAUAUUGCUGCAGAACAAUUACUGAAGGCUGCUGUAGAACCAGAUGCUUUGCUGUGGCUGCUGGCGUUUUACUACUGUCCUCAAAAUGAAAAUCAACAAAGGACUCAAACAGUGGUAGAAGCUAAAGCAGUCUACAAUCAUCUAAUGAGGCUCUUCAACCAUAUAGUCCUUUCUGUCAAAGAUCUGGAGGCUGCUGUACACAGUAUAAUAGAUACAGAGCGGUGUUGUAACCAGCGUCUUAUAACACAUCUUCUUACCAACUUUUUGCUCUUUUCAUCUGGGGGACAAAGAAUUGCCCAGGAAUUUAUUUACCAUAUUACUGAGACAACUGACUCAAGCAAAGAAGUCUGUAGCCUUCUUAUCCGUACUGCAUACAGAAUUAACCGUAAUGGAGGAAACACAAGGACUGUGAGGCUGCUGAAUGAACUUCUUAAAAACCUAACACUGAAAGUUUAGAUUUUUAAUAUUAUCUAUUUAUCAAGCAAACAAAUCAGAUCUUUGUCCAGGUGUCAGUGUUUCAUUAGCAUUUCCAGCAGUAAAAACGUAUCUUAAGCCUAUCCUGCAACUUUGUAUUCCUUCAUAAAUAUUUGAAUUUCCUUUCUUGGAAAUGUUUGCCCUUUACAACAUAAUAGUAAAUACUAAACAUGGUUGAAAAUUUUGUGCUGACCACCUUCUUUCACAGGAGACCUAGGUCAUUUAAGGCAGUUUAGUCAUCUUAUUGUUUAUCUCUCCGAGGAUCAGUUUUUCUCCCAAAUUACCCAUGGUUUUCUUCACAAAACAUAUCCAGUUGCUUGGUUGAUAAGUUGUUCCUAAAAUGUUUUGUUCUGUAAUUCUGCUUUUAUGGAAGUAACGGUGAUCUCAGCUUACGGUGAUUCAUGGUGAAGGCGCUCUAUGUUCUCAGGAAAUCAGUGCUGUUUCCUGAACGCUUUAGUUCAUUUUUAAAAUGUUUCCAAAAUGAAACUCCUCAGAUUGCUAAAUGUUGGUUUUUUGUUUUCCAUACUGCAGCUUUCACAGGACAGUGUUCUUUGCAUAGUACUAUACCAAUAGCUGGUCUUUGUCAGCAGAUACUGCAGGUAGAGGUUGUUUGCAGUACAGUUUAUAUUCAGUGUGCUGUGCCUGAUACUGUUGUUUAUUUGUUGAACAAAACUUCUUUCUUUUCAUACAGAUAAAACAGAUCAAGCACCACAUAGGCAUAAGGAAACUUCCCACUUUGAGGGCAGAAUUUCCUGAAGAGGCCAUAUGGUUGCAACUCUUUCCUUUUUUUGUCCAGAGGUAGUUUUUGCUCGCUUCAUUGUUUCGGUUUUUUGUCUUGGACAAAAGAGCAUGGAUAGGGAGCAAUGGCUUAGUGUCUUACACUUAGGAAAGUAUUUGUCCCCAAAAGUUUUUUGAACCUGUUUCCAUCUUAACUUAAACACGUAGUAAUGACAGAGGAUCUGAACAGUUUUCAGUAAUUUCUUUUCAUAUAUUACCUGUGUCAUUUAAUGUCAAUACUUCCGCUAUGUUCAAAUAUGCUACUUGGAAUACUAUUAUUGCAUAUAAAAUCAGAGGCAUGUAUCUUAGAUUAAUACAGUUUUCUGAAUGUAGCAUUUGGGUUUGAGCUAAAGAAAAGAAAAACAACGUACUUGGUGUCCCUUGGCUGGAAGAGUGGAAGGGUAUUUUCUGUAAUGCUGUGGACUGAUUUAAUUUUGUUCCUAGUGAGUCAUGUCAGACCAAAUUACAGACAUUAUAUAUCCUGUCAAUCA